CGUUCCAUGAUAAAUAAUGUUUUUGUGCUAACAUUUUGAGAACAUGAUUAAAAAACGGAUUCCUUUGAACGAAUGUUCUAUUAACGUUACUGGAAUAAUAUUUGUUGAUCAUUUAGAACGUUUGCUGAAGUUCUGAGAACGUGAUCGAAGCUCAGCAGCAAACCAAAACCACAGCAGCUGUAUUAAAACCAGUCACCGAUAGAGGGCGACACUUCCCACAAUAAUACUUGAAGAACAGGACGAGUUUUAUUUUAUUAUGUUCUCUUUUUUAUUAACAUUUUGCAGGUAACAUUUGAUAUCAGAUUUUAAAAACGAUUAUUGAGUCGUCUGUAAAUAGAGAUUCGAAGUUUAGAUCAUUUUUUCCCUAUCCACCAACUUGAGUCAAAACGAAAUGUAUUUAUUUAUUUAAUGUUUUCUUUGUUUAUAUUACUCACUGUAAAAUCGGCAUAUUGUUCAUCAUUAAAUAAAUAAAUUAAAAUAAAUAUAAAAACACAGAAGGACAAUAAAUCAGGGAUUUUAUUUUACUUGGCAACGCUUGACCAAUCAGAAUUUAAAAUUAGCAUUACUCAGGUAUCAAAAAUAUAUUUCAUAGAGGUUUCAGAGGGUGAUUUCCAUUUGUAUUCAAGCUCUUGCUUUUGACCGAAGGAUUCGUAACCGUGUGCGCAUGCGCGUUCUCGUCACUGACGCUUGCACGGGGACGCGGCGCGGCAGCAGCAGAGGAAUCCAUAGCAACGGCGGAUAAACAUGAGUUACUACAGCAGGCCCUCCAGUUCCUCCAGCUUCGGGUCCAUCAUCACGACCAGCACACUGGAGGAUGACAGUCUGAACCUCAGACAGCAGAAACUGGAGAAACAGAGGGCGCUCCUGGAGCAGAAGCAGCGGCGAAAGCGUCAGGAACCGCUGAUGGUCCAGCCGAACUCAGAGGGACGUCCCCGGCGCUCGCGUCCCCGCCGAAGUGAAGAACAAGCCCCGCUCGUGGAGACACACCUCAGCACCGCCAGCGACAUCAUCCUGGACGGCAUCGACGGCCCCGCGGCUCUGCUGGGGUCAGAAGCUCCAGAUCUGUGCUGUAAGAUCCAGGUUCAGUCGGUCAGUCGACCGCAGCAGACCUCACUGCCCUCCGCAGAAGAACCAGACACACACACACUGCUGGAGAGACGCGGACUGUCUGGCAGCAUGAACUACGACGAGGCCAGUGAGGAUGAGGAUGAAGAUGAUGAGGAUGAAGAUGAAGAGCCGAACACAGAGAGCAAUCGUCCUGCGUCGGCCUCCAGCACCAAAUCCACCACGGAGUGUGUCCCGCUGGGCUCCCCGUCGCCCGAGGGCUCCUCCAUAGAGGUGGAUAAUCUGGAGGAGUUUGUGCUCCGUCCGGCUCCGAGGGGGGUCACCGUCAAGUGUCGCAUCUCACGGGACAAGAAGGGCAUGGACCGCGGUCUCUAUCCCACGUACUUCAUGCACCUGGAGAGAGAAGACGGCAAGAAGGUGUUCUUACUGGCCGGACGCAAGAGGAAAAAGAGCAAAACCUCCAACUAUCUGAUCUCUGUGGACGCCACAGAUCUGUCCCGAGAGGCGGAGAGCUUCAUAGGAAAACUGAGGUCGAAUCUGAUGGGAACCAAGUUUACGGUGUACGAUAACGGCACGAACCCCUCGAAAACCCCCGGAGCGCUGCUGGAGGAGACCAACACUCGGCAGGAGCUCGCCACCAUCUGCUACGAGACCAAUGUUCUGGGCUUCAAAGGGCCACGGAAGAUGACCGUCAUCAUUCCUGGGAUGAACAUGAACUUCGAGCGUGUUCCGGUUCGUCCGGCGUGUGAGCAGGAGUCUCUGCUGAGUAAAUGGCAGAAUCUCUCGCUGGAGAAUCUGAUCGAGCUGCACAAUAAAGCGCCGGUGUGGAACGACGACACACAGUCUUACGUGCUCAACUUCCACGGCAGGGUCACGCAGGCCUCCGUCAAGAACUUCCAGAUCGUGCACGAGAACGACCCUGAAUACAUCGUGAUGCAGUUUGGUCGUGUGGCGGAGGACAUCUUCACUCUGGACUUUAACUACCCCAUGUGUGCCCUGCAGGCCUUUGCUAUCGGCCUGUCCAGCUUCGACAGCAAACUGGCCUGCGAGUGACCAUGUGACACACACACACACACACACACACACACACACACUCAGGACACUAGAGCACGAUCCUCCUCACCGUGUCUCCAGUGUGUCCGAGGAUUUGUGCUAUAUCACAAUAAUCAGAAAUAAGGACCAAAGUAAUUAUUUUUGUAGAGGAAACACAUCAAAUCAUUUAACUUUUUACUACAUGAAAUAACUGACAAGAUGAUCCCAAGACUUAUUUUCCUUAUGUUUCUUUUUCACUGGAUUUAUGUUUUAAUAGACCACUAGAAAAAAAACUGAGGGGUUUAUUCUGAAACGCAGAGAGAGAGAUUUUAUUUAGGCUUUUUGAGAUGUUUUCUGUGAUGUUUAGUAAGUGUCUGAUGGAUAUGAAGAGUAUGAUGUCAUGGAGAAUCUCACACAAACUGUUCAGAUUUUUAUUGAAACUUGUUUGUAUUUUUAGAGUUAACUUUUUCCCUCGCACAAUUGUGAGUUUUUAUAUCACAAUUUCAGCAUUCAUGUUUCUGCAAUUAUAUCGUGCAAUUCUGUUUAUAUCUCACUAUUCUCUGUUUACAUCACAAUUCUUAAUAUUUUGCACAAUGCUGAGUUUAUAUCUUGAAAUUCAGAUUAUUAUUUUUUUUUUAUCCAGAGGAGGAAACAAGCUUCCUUAGAGUUCACCACUGAAAUUAAAAGAAAAAAUAAGAAAUUAUAUUUUGCAUUCAGAAAAUUUAUCGGAAAAAUCAUGUAAUAGAGCAACUGGGAAUUACAGUAAAUUAUAUAGAUGCAUUACGGAAGUGAACGUUUUCAUAUCUUAAAAUAUGCUGGUCAUCCUAGAUGUUUCUUUAUGAGAUUUUAUUUUUUUAUUUGGAUGAUGCUGAUGUUCUUUUUUGCAUUUUGCAUGUUCAUGAAUAUGACAUUUUUAGCACUUUUAUUUGUCUAUUCACUUGUCUUUGCUCACCAAAGCCCCCUGAGGAAACACAUUGCAUGUUAAUCCGGUUCUUACAGCUGCUGCAUGGAUGGAGAAAGUUGCAUUAACACGUGGCUGCAGUGUAAAUAGUCACAGAAGAGCGUUUACAUCCUGAGAAACUGUAGAGAAAAAGGGGGAGCUCAAGCACCUUUGUUCCUGUUCAGUGUGUUUCCUGUUGAUAUGAUUGAUGUGUGUUGAUAUUCCUCACAUGUUGUGAGUGUGUCAGCCAAGAGUGUACUGAUAUAUAUACAAAAGCUAAAUUAUCUAGUUUUUAUGUUUGCAAAUAUUGUAUUUUAUGAUGAUACUGUUGGUAGAA